AUGAAGCUAUUCAUCUCGUCUAUUCUUGGCAUUGGUUGUCUUGCCAAUGUCGCCAAUGCAAGUGUCGCGGCCCAGGACAAUCCUAAUUUAUUCCCCUUUGUUUUCAAUGGAGUCGCGGUGUUCAACCAUCCCAACUGGAACACGCAGCAGCCCCGAGAUGCCACCAUGGAAGGCGAGAACUUCUUCUGCUAUGCUACCGAAAAAGGCUAUUUGAGCUUCGGCUGGUGGCUAGAUGCCUCGCCAGAGACCGACUACUCUCAUUGUCGUCCCGAUUCACCCGACUACGUCUGGUAUGAAUACUCGGAGAAAAUCGAGUGCACCGAGAUGGGCUGCAAGGCGCAUGUCGUCAAUUACUGGGCCGCCAACAAUACCCUGAAGUUCGAGACGGACUACGUCUUCGGUGAUGCAAACCUCGCGCUCUCAGAGGUAGGUACUCUGAGUACAUUCUACCGCGAUGAGGAGCGGGGACCAUCAGCAGUGGGCACCAGACAUGUCCUCUCCUCUACAUCAUCCACCGCACCCGACUGCUGUAAAGCGCUGAAGACAUUGCGCAAGGUUAAGGAUAGAUUCAAUCUUCAGCUAAGCUUUGAUCUCGAAGAUAUCUGUCCGCCACGAGAGACGGUCAAAAAGCCAUGGUGGAGCUGGGGUCGGAGUCCGAUGGUUGAGGGAUGCGAUAGCGAAGGCGACUUUCACAAGGACCUUCGCUAA